AUGUUUAAUUUAUCAACCACGAUUGUUGGAGCUGGAAUCAUGGCAUUACCAGCAACAUCGAAGGUUUUAGGACUUUUUGUUCGGAUUGCUAUGAUCGUCUUUAUGGCAUUCUUGACAGAGGCUUCCAUUGAGUUGUUGCUUAGGUACAGUAGGACUGCAAAAUUAGUUUCUUAUGCAGAAUGUUUAUACAAAUUAGUUUCUUAUGGGGGAUGCUUUCGAAAAGUGAUGUGCUUUCUGGAACCACUUCAAGUGGAGUUCAUCAUGCUGGUGUUCUUGAAGCUUGGUUUGGACAGCACUGGUGGAAUGGGAAACAGCCGGAUUAAUGUCGUGGUGGAGUGA